AUGGCUGAAGAUGAAUUAUUCCUCCAAGAGAAAACUGUAUCUGACCGUUAUACAUCUAAACCAGAUAUCUAUGGAUUAAACAAUGUCCAAACAGAUGCAACUAUUAAUGACUCUGCAACUAUUAAUGACUCUGCAAAGAUUGAUGACUCUGCAAAGAUUGAUGACUCUGCAAAGAUUGAUGACUCUGCAAAGAUUGAUGACUCUGCAAAGAUUGAUGACGCAAAGGUUAAUGGCUCAGCAACGGUUGAGGACUCUUCAAAGGUUAAUGACUCUGCAAAGAUUGAUGACUCUGCAAAGAUUGAUGACUCUGCAAAGAUUGAUGACUCUGCAAAGAUUGAUGACUCUGCAAAGAUUGAUGACUCUGUAAAGAUUGAUGACUCUGCAAAAAAUGAUGACUCUGCAAAGGUUAAUGGCUCAGCAACGGUUGAUGACUCUUCAAAGGUUAAUGACUCAGCAACGGUUGAUGACUCUGCAAAGAGUGAUAACUCUGCUACGAUUGAUGACUCUGCAAAGGUUAAUGGCUUAGCAAUGGUUGAGGACUCUGCAAAGAGUGAUAACUCUGCUACGAUUGAUGACUCUGCAACGAUUGAUGACUCUACUAAGAUUGAUGACUCUACUAAGAUUGAUGACUCUACUAAGAUUAAUGACUCUACUAAGAUUGAUGACUCUACUAAGAUUGAUGACUCUCCUAAGAUUGAUGACUCCGCUGCAUCUCUUAAGCGUUCUCGAAGAUCAGCUCAGUACAUUCUUGCGCCUCCAGACAUCUUUAAAAAUGAUCUCAAAACUCGGAAUAACCUCAAACAAGAUCUUAAAACUACAGAUGAUUCAAAAAACUUGAUCAAGGAUUUAAAGAGCUCAGAACUUUUUAAUAGGAUUGAGAAUAAUAAAAUUAAAGGGCCUUCUCUUACUCUUUAUAACCUUCCAAAUACUUUCUAUCAAGUUCCAGAAACAACAACGACAACAACAACAACAACAACAUCCAAACCAAAUGUGUUUUAUGAAAUACCCACUGGUAUUCCCAGUUUCUUUAACCCAGACAGCAGUACACCUAGUUCAAGCAGUACAAUAACCGGUUUAACGGAUGUAACUUUGUCCCCGCCUAACGCUGUUUCGUCGAUUUUACAGCAGGUUCCAUCUUCAGAAACGGUUUCGCCAGGUUUAAUAUUGUCGACGCCUACAGCUUUAAUAGCGACACCGAUUCCACAGGUUUUGCCUGGAUUAACAGUUGGAUUAAUAUCAGGAGCAUCUUCGUCUUCUUCUUCUUCCUCUUCUUCCUCUUCUUCUUCUUCUUCUUCUGCAAUAACAUCUUCUGCUAGUGCUCCUACAACAGGUCUUCUGUUUAAUCUAACCAAGGAUUCAGCUCUUGUUGCUGCUUUUGGACUUUCCCUGAUUCCUACCCUAGCACUUUCCAUCCCGUUCAUAUCUCCGCUAUUCCGGCGUAGAACUGGAAGCAAUGGCAGAACUGGGAGAUCUCAACGAAAUGUUGAUGAAUCACUAAACAAUAUUGUUGACAGUGAUGGAUAUAAACAGAUAGAUUUUAAGUAUAAAAAGUACAACAGAUAAAACUUUUUUUAUCAAUUUUUGAUUUUUUUCCAUAUAUGAUUGCCUAAAAUAUGCCUUACUAUUCCACAGUUAUAUUUGCCUCACUGGAAUAUCUUUAUUGACAAAAAAAAGUGUACAACAAUCUCUAAGAGGACCAUUUUAUGAAGAGUUAUGCGGAAUUUUUUGUGACUAAGCUAUAUUUCUAAUGAGUAACUUUUAUCCAUAGAUUAAUAACAAUACAGAUAAAACACUAGAUGUCGUCUUUUCUAGAUUUAGGUGUUUUUCGUUCAUAAUAACCUUGAGACAGAAGCCCAAAGGAGUUACGCGCAUGCCGCGUUGAAUGACAAGACUGAAAAGGCAUUUACGUAACUCCUUUGGGAUUCUGCCUCAGGGUUAUUUUGAACGAAAACCCCAUAAAUCUGGAAAAGACGACAUCUAGUGUUCUUUCUGUAUUGUUAAUAAUCUAUUAAUCUGGAAAAGUGUGUAAACAUUAAAUUAAAGUAAUCUAUAAUGUAAUUUAUGUUGUAAUACAAAGCAAAUAGUGCAUAUUAUUCGUUAGGCUUUUUAUAAGUUUAACUUGUGUGUAAAAGUCGUCUUCCUGUUUCACUGUUGGAUACUUAAAAGGUCAAUAGUUGUACAAAAUCAGUGUUUAAGCGCAAGAAAACUUAGACACACUUUUUGUAAACAUAUUUCAAUUAUUUUAUCUUUAAGUACAUUGAUUACCAUGCAUGUAGUUGUAUAUGUAUAGUUAACUAUACUGAAUUGUCUUCCUUUUUAUAUAGAGGGUAACCCACAAAACAGAUCUUUAGAACUGACUGCUCUUAAUUACUCUUAUUUAUUUUCUUA